UCUUUCGAAAAAAUAAUAAUCCUUACUAACGAAACAACAGCUAACGAAAGGACAACUUUAAGCUUGCAACUAGUGGUUAGAAAAAAAACACCGAUUAACAAAAAUGAUUUUUAUAUUCAAUAUCAUUUUAGUUUCAUUACGUAUGUUAGUAAUAUCAGCUGAAUACAGCUACAAAAAUCCUGAUACAUGGGAGGAACAAUAUCCAAAAUGUGGUGGCUUCCAUCAAUCACCCCUUGAUUUAGGAGCAUAUAAUGUGAUCGAUGAUUUUUGGCUCCCUGCUCAGAAAAUAAAUGUUGAAGACUAUAAAACCGUACCUGCGAAAAUGACUAUGAAAAAUAACGGUCACACAUUAAAAAUAAUGCUUCAAUGGGGUAGGAAUGAAAAUAAGAUACCUACCAUAUUCGGGGGCCCUCUUGAAUCUGAACAUACUUUACAUUCACUAGAAUUUCAUUGGGGUCCCGAUAUUAAUUCAGGAAGUGAGCAUACAUUUAGGAGCAAGAGUUAUCCAAUUGAGUUACAACUAAUUCACUACGACUCUGAAUUUGAUAGUCUUGAGGAGGCUCAAGUCUACGAAAAAGGAAUAUUGAUCUAUUCUACGUUUUUCGAAAUAAAAUCUGAAGAAUCGGAAUUCCUAACAAAAAUAAUUGAAAAAAUUCCGGAUGUUAUCGAGCCAGGUACAGAAACAGAAAUUGAACCAUUUGCAAUCGAUGAUCUUUUUGAGGAAAUGAAUGCUAAUAGUUUUAAUAUAUAUUAUGGAUCUUUGACGUCACCGCCGUGCUCAGAGUCAGUUAAUUGGUUGAUAUCUGAUCAAAUUUUUGAGGCUACAAAAGAACAAAUCGAAGUAUUUCAGACAAUUCAUCUACUUAAUGGCGACGAUCAUAAUAAUCGACCCACGCAACCAGCAAAUAAUCGCGUACCUAAAUUAUAUGUGAAGAAAGGAGUCCUGGACUAAAACUAUGAAGUAAAUCUUAAUACAUGGAUAUUCUAUAAAUAAGUGUACAAACGUUAAAUGUUUAAAAAAUAAUGUCAAUUAUAAAAGAUUUUCUUGUUACAUUUACUUACGUCAGUGAAUUUCGCUUUAUUUUAAUUAUCAUUUUUCAAAAUAUGUAACACAAUUUGUUAUCCAUUGUAUUAGUUAAAAUUCUGUAGUCGAUGAUUAUAGUUCAGAAUAAACAAAUUCGAAUUCACAAUAAGGAAAUUCGAAUUUCAUUAAAAUGUUG